AUGGUCCUCCAGGAUCUAGGGCGGCGUAUCAACGCCGCCGUCAAUGACCUGACGAGGUCGAAUAACCUCGAUGAGAAGGCAUUCGACGACAUGAUCAAAGAGAUCUGCGCUGCUCUCCUUUCCGCCGAUGUCAACGUUCGCCUCGUGCAGUCGCUGCGCAAAUCGAUCAAAUCCAGCGUCAACUUCGCCUCCCUCCCGACCGCCGUGAACAAGAAGCGCCUUAUUCAGAAGACCGUCUUCGACGAGCUGGUGGCGUUGGUCGACCCCCAUGCAGAACCGUUUCGACCCAAGAAGGGGCGGUCGAAUGUCAUCAUGUUCGUUGGGUUGCAGGGUGCGGGUAAAACGACGACGUGUACCAAGCUGGCUCGCCACUACCAGAUGCGCGGGUUUAAGACGGCCCUGGUUUGCGCGGACACGUUCCGUGCGGGUGCAUUCGACCAGCUGAAGCAGAACGCGACUAAGGCCAAAAUUCCUUACUAUGGUAGUCUCACGCAGACGGACCCAGCUGUGGUGGCGGCCGAGGGUGUAGCCAAGUUUAAGAAGGAGCGGUUUGAUGUUAUUAUCGUGGAUACCAGUGGACGGCACCGGCAGGAGGAGGAGCUUUUCACGGAAAUGACGCAGAUCCAGACGGCCGUGACACCAGACCAGACCAUUCUCGUGCUCGACAGCACCAUCGGUCAGGCGGCGGAGGCGCAGUCAGCAGCAUUCAAGGCGACAGCGGACUUUGGUGCGAUCAUUAUUACCAAGACAGACGGUCAUGCUGCGGGUGGUGGUGCCAUUUCCGCGGUCGCUGCGACGCACACCCCUAUUAUCUACUUGGGUACGGGUGAGCACCUGAUGGAUCUGGAGCGGUUCGAGCCACGUGCGUUCGUACAGAAGCUGCUCGGUAUGGGCGAUGUGGCUGGUCUUGUCGAACACGUCCAGGCUGUGACCAAGGAUUCGGCCGCAGCAAAAGAAACCUACAAGCACAUCUCCGAGGGUAUCUACACGUUGCGCGAUUUCCGGGAGAACAUCACCUCGAUCAUGAAAAUGGGACCGCUAUCCAAACUGUCGGGUAUGAUUCCUGGUCUCUCGAACUUGACCCAAGGUCUGGAAGAUGAGGACGGCACUAUGAAGCUGCGGCGCAUGGUCUAUAUCUUCGACAGCAUGACCGCGGUCGAGCUCGAUAGCGAUGGCAAGACUUUUGUCGAGAAGCCAAGCCGCAUGGUCCGGGUUGCCCACGGCAGCGGUACUACCGUCCGCGAGGUUGAGGAGCUCCUCUCCCAACACCGCAUGAUGUCCGGCAUGGCUAAGCGCGUCGGCGGUCAGAAGAAGCAGAUGCAGCGCGCCCAGAACAUGCUCAAGGGCGGAAACAAGGAGCAGCAGCUCGCGUCCAUGCAGAAGCGCAUGGCGGCCAUGGGCGGUGCCGGUGGCGCCGGUGGAAUGCCCGGGAUGCCUGGUAUGGGCGACAUGGCGAAGAUGAUGCAGAUGAUGGGUGGUGGACAAGGCGGCGGCGGCGGUGGGAUCCCUGGUCUCGGCGGCAUGGAUCUUCAGAGCAUGAUGAGCCAGAUGGGCGGGUUGAUGGGUGGAAUGGGUGGUGGUGGUGGUGGACGUGGAAGGGGACGGUAG